UCAUCCACUUCGUUUCCUCCGGUUAACAAGCAAACACCCUCAACAUGAAAUUCGUCAUUGUUCUCGUUGCCCUUUUCGGUUUGGCUUUGGCCGCCCCAGCUGCCCAAGAAGCUUCCAUCGUCCGCUCAGACAGCAAUGUCGGUGCUGAAGGAUACGAUUUCGCUGUUGAGACCAGUGACGGUAAGGCUCACUCUGAACAAGGUCAAUUGAAGAACAUCGGAACUGAAGCCGAAGCUCUCUCAGUUAAGGGAUCUUUCUCUUACAUCGGAGAUGAUGGUAUCACCUACACCGUCAACUACAUCGCCGAUGAGAACGGUUUCCAACCCAGCGCCGCUCAUUUGCCAGUUGCCCCAGUUGCCUAAAUAACUUUUUCAAAAUUUGAAAAGCUAUAAAAGUCUGCCUGCCUGUGUAUUUCUGUUAGUUGUGUUCAAUUCCAAACUUUUGGAAGAAAAACACGACAAGAGUGUUGUUAACUAAUGUUAAAUAAAAUUUAAUUGUUCCAACUAAAUAA